AUGGAAACGCGAAAAGAUACGCCAAUUGCUAACUUACAACAUAUACCACCAGCAGCAUAUAUUUCUCGUGAAGCAGCUGUGUCUGUUAUUUUAUCAUCAAUUACAGAAUUUAAAAAUUCUUUUUCUGUUCCUUUAGAUCUUUCUCCAAAGGUAUUGCAACUGAUUAAUGAAUUCCUGGACUACAUUCUUUUGGUUUUUUUAAAAGCAUCUCAAUCAAUUAAUAUUUCAUGUUUGAGGAAUGCUAUAUCAAAUGAAUUACCAACACAACUUGGUGUAGAAGCGAUGUCUGAAGCAGAAGCAGAGUUGCAAACAUAUAUUGAUGAACAUAUGACAAACGAAUUAACUUCUGAUAAUUAUCAAGAAGUUAGUUGGAGUUUGGAUGAUAUUUGGAAUAAAGCUCGUGUAAAAUGUAUGAUAUAUUCUACGUUAGGUGAUCAAGAAAAAGAAAAUUUUUCUAAUGCUACGUGGGUUGACGAAUUAAUAUCUCCUUCUAUUGCAAUAUAUACUACAUCAAUCCUUGAAUUUAUUGCAGAGCAUAUACUACUUGUUGCAGGAAAUGCAUGUCGUCAAAGGUUAAAUGAAACUAAAAGUUCAUUUCCAAUUGUUGAAGAAAGCGAUCUAAAUAAAGGACUUGAAUGCGAUAAUACAAUAAUAUCUCUUUGGAAUAGAUGGAAGUUUACAGAUAAUUUUAUGAAUUUAAAAACCAAUGAAAAAAAUUUAACUAAAGAAUCUAUUGUUACUGUUCCAAUUUUUCUACAAGAAAAAAUUAGCACAUAUAAAGAAUAUGAAGAUACUAAAGCAAGAUUUAACAAUUUGGGGCAUGAAAUAGAUGAAAAUAUUGAAAUUAAUACUGAUACCGCAAAUACUGAUAUAUGUCAUAAUGAAUUUAGUCACGAAAUAUCAGCUCAUAAAUUAGAGAAUUCUGAUUAUACUACUUUUUUCGAUAAUCAAACAAAUUUAAUUACACCUAUAAAGAAUGUUUCUAUGAAUAUUGAUACUAACGGAAGAUUAUCUAUUUAUCAAAAAGACGAACAAAACAAACGAUUUCAUAAUCUAGAAAUACUAGAACAAAAUAAGUUAGUUGACCGGAAAAUUAAUUCUAAAACAAUAUCUUCUAAAGUGGAAGACAAAUAUGAAAUAAAUUCUAAUGAAACCCAACAGAUUUUGUCCCCAAAAAAGAAAAUAUUUCGUUCAUUUAGUUGUAAAGAGAAAAGUUUAAUAAAUUCUUCAUUUACUUCUAGAAGUAGCAAUCAGGUAUCUAAAAAGAUCGAGUUUUAUAAUAAUAUAUUAGGGGUUGUAACAAAUACUUCAAUUUUAAAGAAACAUUCAAGUACAAAUUUGCUUAAAAACAAUGUUUCUUCCGAAAAAUCUCUUAAAAAAAUUUUUAUAUCUGAUUCUAAUAUUUAUAAGAAUAAGUCUUCUCUUCUAGAGACUAUGUCCAUCACCAAUGAUAUAAAUGGGAAUUCUAUGGAUCCAUUUAAUAUAAAUUCAAAUGAUCAGUUUUCAAAUAUUGUAUUGAAAAAUCAAAAUAAUUUUGUAGAGAAUGAAAAGUUAUUAGGAGAAAUUCAAAAGCUUUCAUUAAUUGAUCAGGAUAGAGAACAUACUUUAAACGAAAAAAAAAACAUUCAUCAAGAUUUUUUCAUUCAUAAUUAUAAUGUAAAUGAUGCAAAUAGUCGAAAUUUUGUUUUACCUCAUAAUCAUUCUUGCAAUUCAUUAUAUAAUGAAAUAUCACCUAGCUACAAGGCACAAAAACUUGAACAAGAUGUUUGUAAUUCAUCUACAAGUCUUGUGGAUAAAGAUUUAGAAGCAAUGAUAUAUGCAAAAAAUCAAAAUGUAAAUGAUACAUCUUUUUUAAAAACUAAAAAUAAUUAUCUUUAUCCUAUUAAUCCCAAUUUUUUAUCAAAAACAUCUUCAAAAACUCAGGCAAUUUUCCCAAUAGAUAAAAUUAAACAUGACAAUUCUUUGAUAUCAGAAAUAUCAGCAUUAGAUAAUCAUUUAAAAUCUAGCAUUUUAUAUAAAAAUACAAAUGAGUUAAAUUCCAACUGUUUUCAAAAUAGAGCAGAAAAUAAAAUCGAUGAUAAAAACGAGCUCUUUGAUAAACUUGUAAAUAGUAAUACAACUAUGAAAAUAACUUUAAAUACAGAAAGUUUAAGUGAAAUUGAUUUUAACGCAGAAAAAUUAUAUCAAGAAAUCCAUUAUCAUACAGAUAUUUCAAACAUUUCAAAUUCGUAUAAUAAAAACCUCAUAAAUAAAUAUUGUGAUAGUAUCGAGUCUAAGAAUGAUUUUGCUUUUAAUGAUGACACAAAGAUGCUUACUCCAAAAGAAUUAUUGGCAUCCGAUUCGUUAAAUUCUUCUUUACCUAAAAAUAAACAGGUUAAAUUAGAGCCUCGGGAACCGACUAUUCCUGGGAAAUCAACUACUGAUUCUCUUAGAGAAUUUUUAGAAGAAACAUCUUUUGAUGAAAUUCAUCAUAAUUCAUUUUUGAAUUCUAAACCUGUUAUUAAACAUGAUUUCUUAUCAAAAUCAUUUAAUAUGAAUGGGUUUGAUUAUUUAUCAAAAGGAAAUGAAUUUGAUGAUUAUAAAAACAAUGAUGAUUUAGAUGAUUUAUUAAAACCGUAUUUGAAGAUGCAUCAAAAAAAAGAAGAAUCUUUAAUUGAAUUUUUAAAAAAUUCAGAUCCUAUUAAUAUAGAAUAUUCAAUAUCUAAAGACAAUCCACAUAUGUUUGUAAACUCCAUAAGAUCUCAAAAGUUGGUACCAUUAAAUAAAAAAAAAAACAAAAGCUUACUUAGAAAAACACAAUCGUCAAAAGAUUCACCUGUAAUCUUGGAAAAUAAUCUACUUCAAAAAAGUAGUAAUUAUUUAGGCAUAACAUCUUCAAAUUAUAUUAAGAAUACUUUUCCAGACAAUCCAUAUCAAACACCAGAAUCUAUUGAAAGAAAAAAUCUUCCACUUUUAGACGAUAUUUCUUUAAAUUCUUAUACUUUUUCUUCUCAAGACUUUGAUCAUAGAAAUCCUGGUUUUCAAAGUUCAAUAAAUUAUAAAAAUGAUUCUAUAAAUGAAUCAAAUUCUGAUGACUAUUCUUUCGGACUUAUUGAUUUUAAAAAAGCAGAAAUUGAACAUAAAGAAUCUUUGACCGAUUUUUUAAAAAAUACUUCUUUGAAUUAUAAUGAUAAAAAUUUUAUAAAUGAUUCCUAUACAUUUAAAAAAAAAAAAGGCAUAUUUUCUAAAUGGAUGAAAAAAUAG